UCAUUUUAUAUAUGUGUAUUAUAUCUGUUGUAUGUAAUUAUGACUCAUUCCACAUCCUUGUGAUUUAUCACAAUACGGAUUAAUGGAAUACGAAAUAAAUAAAAUAAAUAAAAAUAAAAUAAAUAAAAUACCAUUUGUUGCCAAAUUAUCAUGUUAUUCCAAAAUGCUGGAAAGAACUGUUCCUUUAAAUGACUAUAAACAUUUUAUUCUUAAACUAACUUCGAUAAUCAUCCCUAGGGUGAUUUUUGUUUCACUCUGUACAGUUGUCAUAAAGUGCAUCAUUGCUCCUACACUUUCUAUAAUUAAAUUCAAAGUGACUGACCAGUGAUGGGUAGAGUAACAGCACUGACAGAUGGAGCACAAUGUGCUGAAACAUCCUCCUCUGAUUGCUAUGAGCAGCUAUGUAGAGCUGCAAACCUGCUGAUGUUGCUGCUCUGACAGCACAGAUAUGAACACUGCUUUUCUCUGCCUGUGGUAGUUAAACUACCAAGCAUAAACACAGUCUAAUGGCACUGUGCUCGUGUUCAUACUGUAAUAAUAAUAAUAAUAAAGAAAUAUACAAGCUGGAUUAUUAUUCUUUCCUUCCUUCCUUCCAAAACUCAAUGUUUCUAUAGUAGAUAAUAAUAUAGGCCUCUCAGGUUCACAUCCUCUCCUUUGGCUAACACCGAAAAAAAAAUUGCGUUUGACAGAUGCUUGUCAUAUGAAGUAGUCUUUAUUUGCCAGACCAUUAGCUCAUCACAGUACAGUCUCACUUCUGUGGCAACACGCUGCUGAGCUACCGUACAUUUAUAAAAUACUAAAAUUAGUUACUUUAUUAUCUGCACAACAAUCCAACAUCCUCUGGCUGCGUACUGCAGCAAACCAUAUAAUGAAUAUUUUUGUAUUAUUGCGCUGACGAGUGUUUACUUGCAAUAACAGAGCAAAAUAUGCAAAACCGUUCAAAUAAUUCACAUGUGUCCAGUGCACGUGUAGUACCACCAGCGGUAUGGAGAAAGCUGUGCGUCUCUCCGAUUCAUGUUCUCCUCUCUCUAUCGUAAUUCUUACAUCGUCAUCGUAUCCAACGAUUAAAGUUUAAUUUGUUCGUCGAAGCAGCGGAUGACAAAUUUCAUUCCAACCUAAAUUUUUAAAUGACAAACUGAGGCUUUCACAAUUUGUAUGCCUGCAAUGAAUGUUUUCAGAACCUUAAAUGAGGGCUCCUCCACUUCAGUUUCGAAUGAAACAGUUUUAGAAUACGAUUAACUUUUUACAACCACAGGCCAAAAUCGUGCGUUUGUUAUAUGAAUUACAAACUGCAACGACAAAGUUAAGGAGUUCCAAAUGACGAUACAGAUUCCACAAGUUCUUACCAUUUUCCUUCAUUUCAGUUGCUAUAUUUUUCCAAGCCAAACUGGUCACAUCUGCCCUUGAAUAAGAUUUCAUUGUGUAAUUCCACAGACAAGGAUUUUUUUCAACAAGCUGCACGAAAAAGAUCAUCUUCGAACACUCUUCCUGUGUAAACGACAUAUUGACUAUACACAGUACAGAAGGAAAUAUAAAAGCGAAGACGUCUUGAAUGGACACGUGCGAUAGAGCGCAGACAGCCAAGCGCCUUCGCUCUCACCUGUUAUCAUUUAUGUUUAGUACCGGCAGCAUGCGGGGGAAAAAAAAAAAAGCAGCUCUGGCGUCGUAUGUGACGCGUCACUGCCAACCUUGUCGUGGGCACUUAAGUCUGUUUAGGCGGUCAAAGCACGAUUUACAUCACACUCGAGACAUUCUAGAAUAUUGCUCACGUUUGUGGAACCCGUGCCAAAUAAGACUGAUAGGGCACACUGAACUUAUAAAGUGACGGGCAGUACGAAUGCUCACAGGUAUGGAUGACCCAUGAGGGAGUAACACAGAUAAUGAAAGAACUGAAGUGGUAGACUUCUGAAGGCCGACGUAAACCAUUCCGAGAAAGUCCUUACAAAGCUUCAAGCACUGGCUUUAAAUGACGACUCUGGGAAUGUAUUACAUCCCCCUGCUUAUCGCACAAUAGGGACUGUGAGGGCAAAAAUAGAAUAAUUACAGCACGCACAGAGGUAUUCAAAUAAUCUUUCUUCCCGGGCUCCAUACUUCAAUGAAACUGCAAGAAACUCUAAAACUGGUACAACGGUACGUGCCUUCUGCCUUGCACUUCACUACUGGACCCAUGUAGAUGUAGACAAAAAAGUAGGUAUGGCUUGCCAUUCAUGGCUAAAUACAAUCUUUAGCUACGUUCCACACGCAGCAGCAGCAGCAGCUACUAAGUCACAGACUAUGAGCCUAUUCAGAGUAUUCACAGGCAUUAGGCCUCUCCAGUCUGCACCGAAAGUAAACUAAACUGACCAGCGACUACAUUCUACACGGCAAGCUACACAAAGUAUGCCAUGCAGUUCCAUUUUCGAAGUCUCACAAUACAUGGGCAAUAGUGAAAAACAAAACCAGUCCAUUAUAAUUAUCAAGCUUUGAUGUGGAGCGAUAAGAUGCAAGGAAAUCUUUUUGAUACCGCUUAAAAACAAUUUUGUCUCAAAUCAAACAAAUUCAGUGUAAAUCUUUAUCAUUUUUAUUGUACGUGUAUGUUACUAAUUCUGUGUUUCCUACAUUUUCGGUCAAUGCACUCUGGCUACUCAUAACUAGUUAAUGUAAUACAGAAAAUAACAUUUUUGAGAGUGAACACUUGUUACUUGCGGGCUCUAAAUAAGUUAUGAAGUUGGCAGUUCCGACCAAAACAUUUGACAGAAACAAGUGCAAAUUAAUCCACAGUGCAGACGAUUGGGAACAAUGUUUAGUGGUAAACAUUUGGAAUGAGUGUUGAAGCUCUGUUACUUUCUUCGUUUUUUGUGUUAUUUGUGUCAGUUGGUGUUUGUGCAGAAGAUUUAGGACUUCAGUCUGUUGCUGCUUUGAAUAGCGAAGUAGACUCCUUCGGGCAUGAAAGUAAAUCUGAUGUUUUGCCUCUGCGAGCUACUGUAGUGAGCAAAAGAGUUGCAGAAUUUACGGAUCAGUUUAUAAAACAAGAUGAUCUGUCAUUAUCAUCAGAUGCUGAAGUACUCCAGGGAGAUGUUGAGGACCUGCAGGUGACAACUGCUCCUGCCUCUCAAACUGAAGAUAUUGAAACAGUGGAAAACUCAACAUUAAAUAAUACUGAUAAUGGCCUGAAUAGAAGUACACUUGUAUCCUGUGUUGUAGGAAACAGUAGUAUUGGAAAACCAGUGGAGCUGAUUAAUUCUACAAGAUUAUUGAGCCUUCUGGUAAGUGACCCCAAUGUGACACGACGUCGCCAGCCAGCAGAAUGCGUAAUGGUCCUCUUCUAUGCUCGUUAUUGCCCAUUUAGCAGCCUGGCAGCACCCCACUUCAAUGCCCUCCCUAGGGCUUUUCCAGACAUAAAAAUGGCUGCCAUUGAUGCAAUGAAAUACCACAGUUUCAAUACACAAUAUGGAAUUGUUGGUGUCCCCACAGUAAUGUUGUUCCACAAUGGUCGACCAGCUGCAAAGUUCAAUAAUUCUGAUUACACCUUAGAAAUGUUUGGACGCUUUAUAAUAGAAUAUACAGGCCUUGAACCCAAAAACAAAUUGUUUGUGAUGUCUGUUGACUUCAGUGGCCCUGUACCAAGUGUGCCAGUCAAAGAGACUGAUUACUGUCUUGUCUUGUCAUGGGUGUUCAUAAUGCUGUGUGCAGUGUACUACUUUAGUAAGUCUGCAUGGUGGCAAUGGAUUGUAGAAGCUGUACAGAACUCUUGGAGAGAAGCAGAAGCACAUCAUGAACAUGUGGAGUGACAAUUAACCACUGUGCUUGUUGGAAGGGGACUGUGAACAUUUCCUGCUCUUGGAUUACAAUCGUUGUAUUGCUUGUCAUUCAGGGAUGGAUGCUUAAUUUUUUCCCAAACUUCAGUGCAUUUAGAUUAUCAGUUGCAGUUGAUAUUAUCUUUCAAUAGCAUUUUUGUCAAAGUUGAUGAAAUUGUGCUAUAUCUAAAGUGUCUCAUUACUGGAAAGAACAAGAUAUCUCCUUUAACUUCUUGUAAAUCAAUUUAAGAAGUUGAAACAGUGGAAUGAAGGGGAUUUAUCUGUUAUUGAUGAUCAAUUUGAAGUGUUAAAAUAAAGAAAAUUGUACCUCUUUCAACAAAAGCAUUACUAUUUACAAAUGUCAGUGUUACGUAAUCGGAUUAUAUAGUGUUCUUUCAGAAGUCAGUGUCACAUCUUGAUUUUAUUGUCAUCUGAAAAGUAAGUUAAGGUAGCAUCAACUAAUUUCAAAUGAAUUCAUGCUGUGAACAAAACAAGGUCCAUGGAAAAACUCAUUAUGUUCCUAGAUUUUGCUUCAGUUACUUAGUUACAACAGUAAUGAAAAUGUUGCAUUAUCUUUAUUUAGUCUUUGUUAAAAAUGCAGCUGUUUUAAGAAAAUAUAAAUGCACAAUUUUAAAUAG